GUAACAUUGAAAAUCAGCGCAUUUGGCGCAUGCGUCUGACAAUUUUCGGCCAUAUUGUUAUGACGCAUACAAGAUCAUAGGUCUCCGCCAGUGACGAGUCUUCUCGCAGUUGACGUGGCUACUACGUACCAUCCCGUUCGCCCACUCCGGACGCAGCAUAGACGGUGACGAGGAAUACGUAACUGGUGAGUGCUUGUGAAGACAAACCUUGCGACCUGUCAUGGUUACUUAUAUUUGGAUUCACAAAUAAUGUAUGAUCCACGAUAUUGAGACACUCAAAUCUAGUAAAUAUAAUUAUAAUAUGUUGCGUAUGCAUUAGACGCAAUAGGAAAUUCCGCGUCCCAUCUAUGACGCGAUGAUUCCGUUUUAGGAUUUUCAAGCCCAACGAGAAACUUCCGAAAAACAGAGAGUGUUUAUAUUCAUCGAAAGAUAUUGCUUUGAGCAUGUCUGAAGAUCAAGGAAUGCACAGAAAGUUGACCUUGAAUUUUAGGUGACCUUAGUGGGCAUGGAUGGAAUGGUGGAAGAGAAUGGCACUUCAAGCGGUGCUGGUCCUGCGGAUCCACUGGGCAGUGCGAGCUCCUCGGCGCCCGCGUCAGCUCCUCACGUAGUAGCUGUCACUAGCAUUGUCCAACUCACAUUACCAACCCAGGCUCCAUCUGCUCAGGUUCAGUCAGUGAUACAGCCAAACCAACAAUCUGUUAUUCAAACAGCAUCCAAUAUACAAUCUGUGCAGUUACCAAAAGGGAAUGUGAUCCUUGUUAGCAAACCAAGUUCAGUGAUUCACACAACACAAGGAACAUUGCAAACAUUGCAGAUUAAACCAGAACCUAACUCGAUAGUCAGCACUCAAGGCCAGUCAUGCAGUGAUGACAGCUGUAGUGGUGAUGAGAGUCCCAAGAGAAAGUACCGGGAAAUGCUCACCAGGCGUCCCUCAUACCGCAAAAUCUUGAAUGAUCUUGGAGGUGCUGAAAUUGCUGAAAAUCGCAUGGGAUCUAAACCAGGAAACGAGAAUGAAGUGUCGCUGUCAUCUUCUUUAUCAUUUGGUUCAGUAAUUCCUGCGGGUGCUCUUCAAACUGAAAGUGGUUUACAUACACUGGCUGUAUCUGGAGGAGGAGCAGGUGGAGCGAUAGUUCAGUACUCGACAAAUCAAGACGAACAUUUUUACGUUCCCGGUCCAAUGUUAGAAGACCAGACACGUAAACGUGAAUUACGGCUGUUAAAAAAUCGCGAAGCGGCAAGAGAAUGUCGUCGAAAGAAAAAAGAAUACAUUAAAUGUCUAGAGAACAGAGUCGCAGUGCUUGAGAACCAAAAUAAAGCACUAAUAGAAGAAUUAAAAUCCUUAAAGGAGUUAUACUGUCAACAAAAGACAGAAUGAGGUCCAGCUGGCUAAAAGGGUGUGCUGCUGCCCUGCCACAGAGCCGAAAGGCACACGUUGUUACUGUACUGUCUGUGCUAAAAUGCUGCAUUCAGAUUGCUUGAUUUGGCUAUCAACAUAGGGAGAGUUACAAUUUUGUAAUUCUGUGUUUAGUGGUUGAUAAUGUCAAGUCAAUUAUAUUAUUGUUCAUGCAUUGAUUGAUCAAUCCCUAUUUUCUUAAAGUAUUGUUAGAUUUGAUGUAUUUGAAUUGUUAAUGUGUUUUGUAAUUUUCUAUUGUUGUUUUCAUCAUUUGUUUGAUUUUUAUCCAGUAUAAUAAUAACAGAACCGACACCAUAUUAGUAGCUAUUUACGUCACUGUUUGUUUUUUAUAUAUUAAACCUGUUAAUAUAGGCUUAUGCGUUAAAUAGAAUUAUAAUGUCAGUCAUAACUUUAUUUACCAUUCCAAAAUGUUUAGCAUACAUUUCAAACAAGUUCGACUUGUGCCAUUUUUGGGGCGGUAAUAUUAUCAAAUCAUUCAACAUGAUUGGAUAAAUGAUUUUUUAAGAGUUAAAUAUUGUCAAUUAUUUGAUGCCAAGAUGCUUAAAAUAUGUUUUAAUCCAAGAUUCGUUCUCUUGUUUUUUUAUUUACUAAGGUUAUUUGAAGUGACAAAGCACGAUUGACCAUUCUAAAAGUCGAUUUUGGAACUGGACAAGUGUAUGUUAUGAUUGUACCGAUUUAGGGUGUGUGUUAUUCUAUAAACGGCUAAAUCUUGGACUAUUCUUUCUUAAAAAUACAUUUAUGUGUAAUCAUGCUAUAUAUAUAAAUUUAAUUUGUUUUUGAACUUUUGGCACGAAACAAAGCGGCGCCUGUAUGAAUUAAAUAGCAUUUAUGUGAUAGUCGACUGAAAAAGAGUUAACAACCACUUAAAUUUCAUUUGGUUCAUAGCACUGUACAGAUCGAUUGAGCUGAGCGGGACAUUUUACACUUAAGCUGGACACACAUCUCACUCCGCUCUUUUAUUUUCUUUCACUUUCUAUCAACUCCUACUAGUGCUGUAUUUAGUAUACUAGUGUUCAGUGUGUUCUUAUUGUUUUCACUACAUUUUUGCUUGUAAGAUUAAUUGGUAAUUCGUAGUAUUUUAUGUGUCUUUGUUAAAAAUAUGUAAUUAAAUACGAUGCAAAAGUCCCGCAAUGCUUAGGUCCAUGCACUGCUGCGUCCUUAUACGGUGCUGGUAAACCAAAUAUUAAACACUACAACGGCAUCUGCGCCCGCCCGCUCUUUGUGCCGAAGACCUGUUUUUAUUGUAUGUGAAUACAAGUUCUGUAUGAUUUCUGGAUUAUUCAUAUGAAUGUAGCCAACAAUAUGUACAAUCGUACAAUUACACCUGCAUUCGACUCGUGGCUAUAAGCAAUGUGGUGACAGGGGAGGGGUCAAAAUGUAUUAACCAGUCAUGUAGCCAACAAGGAAAUCAGUUCUAUUUAUCCGAAUAUGUACAUAAAAAUCGCCAACGGGCCGUCCGCGUGUAAGACAGUUAAUGUUUGAGCAAUUUACGAAUACAUUCGUCCAUUUAAGUUUAUACAUUCAAAACAAUGUUUGCUUGCCGAUUCAUUCGAAUUAUACGUGGACCGCUCGCUAAAUUCAGUUAUUAUGAUGCAAAGGAAUGAUAUUGUGCUCAUGUAUGCACAACUGUAGAUAGUCUCCUAAUAUUAUUAUUUACUAGACAAAAUGUCUUUACCAAAAACUCAAAUUGCCGAAAAAAUUAAGCAAUUGAACAUUGUUUAACAGUAUAGAUAUGCAGUAUAAACGAAGUAUCGACAACGGCGUCUUUUAAAAUAAUUAGAUACAGUUUCAGUAUUGGCCGUUUGUAGAAACCAGCAUGUCUUGUCUGAACUUUAAAUAAUUAUCAUGCUGCUGCUUGUUUUUGUCACAUGUCUGUGAUUGAAGAUACUGAAGUGAUAAAUACAUAACACUAUAUAAACUGAUUUUAUCUUAUACUUUGACACCAUACAGGGUGUUUAUAAUGGAUAAGCCAAAGUUAAUAUUUUUAGUUGUUUUGUGCAAUAUCCAUAUUGCAAUGUACAGUUAUCUAUUUUUCUUAUACUAAUAAAAUGAUACAUACCUUUAAAAUGAGAAUAAGAAUUUUGUACAUUGUGUAUAGAUAAAGAUAUGUAAAAAAAGAAUGUAUAAAAAAUCUGUAUAUAUACUAGUGUAAUAAUGUGGAUGAAAAGUGAAUUGUUUUUAUCAAAUACAAUCAAAUUUUAUGUCUUACCCAUUAAGAAAAAUGUAUUUGGGAUUAGUUCAUGUUCUUAUUUACUUUACUGACUCAUUUAGUCAUCCACAUCAUAAUAUACACAUAUUGUAUUUUGUUUUUGUGAAUGGGUAAUUUUAGCUGACUACCAGAGUUAAAAUAAGAUUUUAUUAUAUUUCAUUUGCCAUGAUUGAUUUACCCUACAUAGUUUUUUGUUUUAUAAAUUAUUUUACGCAACAAUUGAAUUGUUAUUAUUGAAAUAAAGUACGACAUUGAAAUUAGUUACAUUUGUUUGUAAUGUACUUAUUCUACAAAAGAAACCAUUUUUAUUAUAUUUUCUAUCAAUCAUGGCAAAUGAUUUAGCAUUAAUGAUAGACAUUGUGGAAAGUGCCUUUACUUAGAAUGAAUAAAAUUUAUACCAACAUAGCUCUUUAUGUUAACUUAAUGCUAUUUAUAAAAUUAAUAAUAUUAACUGUUUGAUG